AUGUCCGUAGCCCAAGAAAUCGAAUCGGCAAAUGCGGCAUACGCAGCCUCGUUCACAAAGGGCGACCUCCAACUGCCACCGAAGCGAAAAGUAGCCAUACUGACAUGCAUGGACGCAAGACUCGAUCCCGCAAAAGCACUCUCCCUCGAAGAAGGCGACGCCCACGUUAUCCGCAACGCAGGGGGUCGCGCAUCAGACGCUCUUCGCAGCAUCAUCAUCUCCCAGCAACUGCUCGGGACAAGGGAGAUAAUUGUGAUACAUCAUACCGACUGCGGCAUGCUCACCUUCUCCGAUGGUCAGCUGCGAGAACAGAUCCGGACACAGCUGAACCAGGAUGCGGAUCAUAUAGCGUUUCUACCGUUUCGGGAUCUCAGACAGAGUGUGCUUGAUGAUGUGAGGAUCAUCAAGGAGAGUCCGCUGGUGCUGGAUGUGCCGGUGACCGGGUUCGUGUAUGAGGUUGAGAGUGGGAGGAUUGUGAGAGUUUGA